AUGUGGUGUAUUGCACAGGCCUAUCGCACCCUAACCUCCAGUAUGCCUACCCCUCCCGUCCCUCUCUAUCUCUUUCCCUAUACCUCAUCCCUCUAUAUCUCUCUCUAUAUGUCUAUCCAUUUAGGCAUUGCUGUAGUGUUGGUGCGCGUCAACGAUCUCUGCCCCACACUAUAUAAUAUUCUGUGCGCCCACACCAUCGACAGCAACCCACCACAAGCACCGGGUCUACACCUGUGCUACACACACCCACCCACACCAAUAACACCAUCAUCAAAAAUCAUGGACGUGGCCGACGAGACCGUAUCGACUACCAAAAAAUCGGGCUCAGGGGUGCGGCGACAAGAAAAACCACCAUACUCAUACAUCGCGCUCAUAGUGAUGGCUAUACAACAAUCGCCGGCCAAACGCCUGACCCUAUCGGAGAUCUACACGUAUUUGCAGCAAAAGUUCCCGUUUUUUCGCGGCUCAUACCAGGGCUGGAAAAACUCGGUCAGACAUAACCUGUCGCUCAACGAGUGCUUUAUUAAGCUCCAGAAGGGUAUCGGGAGGCCCGGGAAGGGCCACUACUGGACAAUAGACCCGUCCAGCGAGUAUAUGUUCGAGGAGGGCUCGUUCAGGCGCCGCCCGCGCGGCUUCCGACUCAAACGCCAGGCGCUUAAACCCUACGCCCAGAAUCCGUACGUCGGCUACACAUCGCUGGGAAACGCUGGCAAUCCUAUGGGCGGCGGAGGGGGCGGUGGCGGUGGACAGCCUACCUAUACGUACGAUAUGCCACCGCUCGGGUCGAUGUCGUUGGGGCCCACAGUAAACAUGUUCGCCACGUCUACGUCCAGCCCUCCCCAACACGGACUGCCCGACGCCUACCUGUCCAACAAUGGCGGCGAUCCGAUGGCCAUCACCACAACCACCACCGGUGGCUCCCCGUACUAUACCAGCACCGGUAGUCCCCCGCACGCCAUAUACACCACCGACUCGCUGGUGGGCGCCGGCGGUGGCGGACAGACAUGUAUAAUCGGUGGUCAACACCACACGCCCAUCACCAGUAGCUCCGGUGGUGGCACAACGGGCUGCCCCUCAUCAUCGCCGCCCACGUACUACCACUCGUCGCCCUCGCCGUGCGUUUAUAGUGCCGAACAAUUGGCGGCCAGCGGUGUGUCGGCGCCGAGCAUUGUGACCACGUCGGGCGGCGCCACCUAUUUCAGCCCCUCGCCCACCGGGCCUAUAGCCACGGUGGCCGGUCCGACCAUGUUGUUGCCCUCCCAGGCCUACGGCCAGCCGCUGAAAACUGAGUAUUCGUUUAGCACGUCGUCGCCGGGCGUUGGCGGCCAUCAGGAGUUGUGGCCACCCGUUAAUUAUUAUGUUUAA